CAUCUUGGAAGCUUACUAUAGGUGUUCUAAGCUACAUAGUCAAGUAUCAACAGCGCUCUAGCGAAGCAAAACUACUUCACGAUGGUGGUGUAAGUCUGCAUAAGCGAAGCGAAGGAACAUUGCGAUUCGCAAAAGGCGAUUUGAGUCAUUGGGUCCGAUACGGAGGGAAUGAUCAUGCGAGUUGGAAGCUUGGAGCUGUGUGAGAUCUAUUUCUCGACUUCAUCAGGUUCUGGGAAGCACACGCACGUGGACUUGCUCCACGUGUCUGCUUGACUGCACGACAGCGUAUAGAAAGACUUGGUCCGCACUUUGCGCGGAAUCGCUUGUCCCGACCGCGCAAAAAAGAAAAUGGUUGCUUCGACCAGAUUAUACAAUUGGUACAUCUCCCUCGUUGCUGCAUCUUGUAUGGUGCUCUAUGGCUACGAUGCCAGCGUCUACAAUGCCGUCCAGGGCUCUAAUAACUGGGUCGCCUUCUUCGACAGCCCUGGAGCGCAAAUCAUCGGCGCUAUCAAUACCUCGUACACCGUCGGAGCGAUCGUUGCGGGAUUCUUCAUGGCAGGGCCAAUUGCUGACUACUUCGGUCGUCGCAUUGGCGUGGCAUCAGGCGCUGCUUGCGUUGUCGUUGCCACUUUCAUGCAGACGUUUUCCCCAACCGGUCAGAUCGGCUGCUUCAUUGCGGGUAGGGUUGUGAUUGGUAUUGGACAAGGUCUUGCUCUGACGGCGGGCUCAAUAUAUAUCGGUGAAUGUGCUCCGCCGGAGAUCAGAGGAACGAUUAUGACGUUUUGGCAAAUGUUCUAUAGUGUUGGCAGCUUCAUCGCUUACUGGAUCAACUACGCCUGCUCCAGAAACGCGGAAGCUCUCGGAGAAUGGGACUGGAAGAUGGUCGUGGUCUUCCAGCUACUGAUGCCGAACAAGAUCGAGCAAGCUCGUAGAUCGCUCCGAAGAAUCCGAGAAUCGGAGCAAGAGGUUGAAAAUGAAGUGUUGAUGAUCCGCGAAGCUUUGGAGUUCGAGAAGGAAGCCAUCUCACCCUCGUACUCUGCGUUCUGGAAGGACCGCUCGCUUCGAAAGCGACUUUUGCUGGCUUUCAUCAUGAAUGCGGGUCAGCAGGUUACGGGACAAGGAUCUCUCAACACUUACAGCACUAUCGUCUACAAGAAAGUCUUCAAGAGGAGCUCCACCAUUGCGCUGAUCAAUGCGUUAAACGCAACGUUCGGCAUUCUGUUCACGCUCAAUGCUGCGUGGACUGCUGAUCGAUUCGGACGCAAGUUCUUAUUCAUUGUCGGUGCUAUGGGUAUGGGGAUGUGCAUGAUCAUUGUCGCCUCGGUCGAGACUCAGACUCCCACGCUGGCCGAUGGCGUGAAGCCUAGAUCGGUCGCCAUCUCCAUUGUGUUUCUGCUGUUCCUGUUCAUAUUCUUCUACAAACCGACAUGGGGUGCGACGGUCUGGAUCUGGACGUCGGAAAUCUUUAGCAUGAAUGUUCGCGCCCAAGCCGUGGGGAUGGCGAGUCAAACGCAGAAUGUCGCACAAGCUAUCGUUGGGCAAUUCUUCCCGACCUUUCUGAAAAACUGUGGCUUUUAUGCCUUCUAUAUGUUUGCAGGGAUCAAUUUCAUGUUGGCGGUCUUCGUGUGGUUCUUUAUUCCAGAAACCAGAAAGACGCUUCUGGAAGAGAUGGACACCAAGUUCGGCGGCGCCAAUCAUGCCGAGAAGGGAGGAGAUCUUCUGGGGGUUCAAAACUCGCAGCAUGCAGAGAUUGAGCUCAAUCACAAGACACCAACGUCUGAGCUUCGAGAGAUCAAAUAGGUAGCGUUGACCAUCUACAGUGCUAGUUAUGUCGAGACGAUGCUUUCUCAUUGCUUC